GCCAGACAGAGUUGCUUCAGAUAGGCCGACAGGACUUGACACUAUGCAAACCCUGGUUGCACCUAAGCAGCUCCCUCUCAAUCGGACAGGUACCCCCCAGGAGCUCGGCUUACAUUCAUUGGUGUACGGUUGCAGAGGACAAUUGACCAGGAAACCAAGAAGGAUAUUUUUACCUCAUGGAGGAGUGGUGCAUAAGUGGUUUCUGCACACGAGCGGCUCCGUCGGUUAGGACGACCUGGCUUCUUGCGUCUGGUGAUAAUAAUGAGGGUAUAUAGUGAUGCUGCUCCCUGGGGCUGAGGGGAUCUAGUACCGCAAUAUUCUUUCCCGAAUACCUCUCUCCAAACCUCUUGUGACAUUUCUGACAGAACACCUUCAUAUUUCUCCUCUAGUGCUUUCCUCUUUUUGCUAUUCUCCCUGAGUCUUCAUAAGCUAUGCCUGUCAGACGGGAGCUUGCCGACGAUGCCUCGUUCCGCGCCGCAAAUGGGAACUACGCCGAUCGCCUGGAUGUUGACGUCUUGAUCGUCGGCGCUGGGUUCGGCGGUAUUUACUGUUUGCAUGAAAUGCGAAAGCUCGGACUCAAAGCGGUUAUCUACGAGGCCGGUAACGACGUGGGUGGGACUUGGCGAUGGAAUUGUUAUCCUGGCGCAGCCGUAGACUCCGAAAUCCCCGAAUAUCAGCUGUCCAUCCCGGAGACCUGGAAGGACUGGACAUGGUCCACAAACUACCCAAAUUACGAGGAGCUGCGCAAGUACUUUGACCAUGUGAGCCACGUCCUGGACAUCAAGAAGGACUGCGCCUUCAACAGUGUCGUCGUGGGCGCACAGUUCGAUCCGGAUGAAGGGCGCUGGCAGAUCCGGACGGCGGACGGCCGGACGGCGCGCGCCAAGUACUUCAUCAUCGCGGCAGGCUUCGCGGCUAAGCGCUAUAUCCCAGAGUGGCCCGGGAUCGAGAAGUUCCAGGGGAUUGUCCACCACUCCUCGUUUUGGCCGGACGAGAAGGUGGAUGUGCGUGAGAAACGCUGCGCGAUCAUUGGGACCGGUGCCUCUGGGGUCCAGGUUACGCAAGCCUGGGGACCGGAAGCUGGAGAGCUCAAGGUGUUCCAGCGCACACCCAAUCUGGCUGUCCCCAUGCGCAAGCGAUCGCUGACGGCCCAGGAACAAGAAGCCUCCAAGGUCUUCUAUCCGGAACUCUUCCGGUAUCGCGAGAAAUGCUUUGCCGGGUUCUUGUACACCUUCUGCGAAAGAGGGCUAUUUGAAGACAGUGAGGAGGAGCGUGAGCGAUUCUUCGAGCAGUUGUGGAGCGAAGGGGGCUUUCGGUACUGGGUUGCCAAUUACAAGGAUUAUCUGUUUGAAGCCAAGGCAAACCGGGUCGUCUAUGAUUUCUGGAGGAAGAAGGUGUGUGAGCGUAUUCAUGACCCCAAGCACCAAGAGCUCCUGGCGCCCGUUGAGCCACCACAUCCGUGGGGGGUGAAGCGCCCCUGCUUGGAAUAUGACUACUUUGAACAAUUCAACCGCCCGAACGUCGAUGUGGUGAAUAUUAAAGACAAUAGCAUUGCAGAAUUCACCGAAAAAGGGAUCCGGCUGCAGGAUGGAACGGAAUACGAGUUUGACGUCGUGUGCAUCGCGACUGGAUUUGAUAUUGCCACCGGGGGUAUGACCAGCAUGGGACUGCGCAGUAUUCUUGGGGAUAACCUCCAGGAUGAAUGGAAGUCAGGCGCCUUCACCUAUCUGGGCAUGACGGUCAGUGGAUACCCUAAUAUGUUUCAUCUGUACGGGCCUCAUGGCCCAACUCUGCUGAGCAAUGGUCCAACCACCGUGGAGAUCCAGGGUCGGUGGAUUGCGGAUGCCAUCAAGCAGAUGGAGCGUCAAGGCAUAAAGUACAUUGAUCCAACACAGGAGGCUGCCAAAGCAUGGAAGGCCAAGAUCAAUGAAUUGUCCGACAAGAGUCUCUUCCCAACCACCAAGUCUACCUACAUGGGUGGCAGUAUGCCUGGAAAGGUCUUUGAGCAGGUCAAUUAUGCGGGAGGGGAGUAUGCCUAUUCCAAGGAGAUCCGAGCAGCCUUACCAGACUUCACUGGUUUCCAUGUUGUUAGAGGCUGAAGUAGUUAGAAUCUAGAGUCAACCAGCAGCAAAUUACAAUCUUUACUGUCCAAA